UGUGGUUCUUGCCGUGGUCUCGGCUUCGGCCGGGCCCCUCACUCCGGAGCCGCCAUGUCGUCUGAUUUCGAAGGCUAUGAGCAGGACUUUGCAGUGCUUACUGCGGAGAUCACCGGCAAGAUUGCGAGGGUUCCCCGACUGCCGCCCGAUGAGAAGAAACAGAUGGUUGCAAAUGUGGAGAAACAGCUUGAAGAAGCAAAAGAAUUGCUGGAACAGAUGGAUUUGGAAGUCCGAGAGAUACCACCCCAAAGCCGAGGAAUGCACAGCAACCGAAUGAAAAGCUAUAAGCAAGAAAUGGGAAAACUUGAAGCAGAUUUUAAAAGGUCACGGAUCGCCUACAGUGACGAAGUACGGAAUGAGCUCCUAGGGGUUGAUGGGAAUUCCUCGGAGAACCAGAGGGCACAUCUGCUCGAUAACACAGAGAGGCUGGAAAGGUCAUCGCGGAGACUCGAGGCUGGAUACCAAAUAGCGGUGGAAACUGAGCAAAUUGGCCAAGAGAUGUUGGAAAACCUCAGUCAUGACAGAGAAAAGAUACAGCGAGCACGCGAAAGACUUCGGGAAACUGAUGCUAACUUGGGGAAGAGCUCCAGGAUUCUCACGGGGAUGUUGCGAAGAAUCAUCCAGAACCGCAUCCUGGUGGUCAUCCUGGUGGUCAUCGUGGUCAUCACCAUCCUAAUGGCGGUCACUUUCUCUGUCAGACGACACUGA